AUGCCCCAUCCAACGGUCCUUCAUGAUGAAACAAAGAGCACCCUUAAGGUUAAUGAAGGUUCAGCAAGUAAAGAAGUUGCCAGAGUUGCUCAGCUAGAAGAAGCCACAAGCAGCUGCACAAAUACCUGCAAUGCAACCAGAGCCAUCGACGCUAUCACAAACUCAAUGAUUGUCCCCGUCCGUGUACAUCAUAGAACCAAUCCCGAACGGCAGGUAGUGGUCUAUGCCUUACUUGAUCCCGCUAGUAAUGGCACAUUCAUCAAGGAAAGCAUACUUGAAAACCUUCAAGUCGAUGGCACAGAAACCCAACUGCAGCUGAACACGAUGCAUGGGUCAGAAGUAGUUCCCACUCGAAGAAUUACUGGUUUGAAUGUCAAAAGUAUGGGCAAGGAUCCCGCGUGGAACUGCACAAAACAUAUACAAGAGAUGACAUACCGUCGAAGAGAGUAGAAAUCCCACGAACAGAAACUGCAAAAGUGUGGCCCCACCUAAGUGGCAUAGCCAGUAAGCUUUAUCCAUACCAAGUAGAUGUAGAAGUAGGGCUUCUCAUUGGAUCAAAUUGCCCAAGUGCCAUCAAGCCAGAGGAACUUAUCCCUUGGAGAAGCAGUGAUCCUUAUGCCAUUCGAACACUUCUUGGCUGGGGUAUUAUAGGCCCAAUCUCAGGAAGUUCUAACAAAGAAAAUUCAGAAGUCCUGUGCCACAGAGUCGCUGUUAAGGAGAUCGGUAGCAAGGAACCAUCACCCGAUUCGUUAUUGAAUCUUACGCAAAGGAGAUUAUCUCGCCUGAAGCUGUCAAGAGAAUGUUCGAGUUGGACUUCAACGAAGUUAAGGAUGCAACUGGACAGUCCCUCUCGCUGGACGACCGAAGGUUUAUGGCAAAGGUCACAGAAGGAAUUCAUCACCACCCAGAUAGUCACUAUGAGCUACCACUGCCACUUCGAGAUGAAUCCUUGGCCCUCCCCAACAACAAGAAGCUGGAAUUUCACCGCCUCCAACACCUCAAGCUAA